AUGUCGAUUCAUAAGCAGUCAUUAGGACCGCCACCAUUCACUCCAGAGAGACCAUCGCUUGGUGUGCCCCCUUUUGUUCCAGUAGUGACAACUCCGGGAAUAGAAAUGCCUUCGUCGGCAAUGGCAGUUGUGGGGAUAAGUAAGACUAAAAUAGAAUAUCACUGUGAUGAGCUUGAAAAGCGGUUAAAAGCUAUAGAAGGGACCCGAACCUCCAACACUACCCGACCCUCAGAUUAUUGCUUGGUGCACAAUGUAGUGCUCCCUCCGAAGUUUAAAAUGCCCGAAUUUGAGAAGUUUGAUGGGACUACAUACCCCCAGACCCACAUGCGCCUAUUUUUCAAGUCAAUAGCAUCUUAUGCUGACAAUGAGAAAUUGAUGAUGUAUUGCUUUCAGAGCGGUCUUACGAGAGCAGCGGCUAGAUGGUAUGUCCAACAAGACAGGGCCCGAAUCUGCACGUGGGGGGAUUUGGCAGAUGAUUUUGAGGAACAAUACCGCCAUGUUAUGGAAAUGGCUCCUAACAGAAUUACUCUCUUCAAAAUGGAGAAAAAGCCCACAGAGACCUUUAGGGAGUACGCCUAUAGGUGGAGGGAUGCGGUGAUCCAAGUGGACCCCCCGAUAGGCGACCGAGAAGCUAUCAUGUUAUUUAUAAAUACAUUGAAAGACCUCUACCACAGGAAUCUCUUGGGAGCAACUCCCCAUGAUUUCAUGGACGUCGUGGCAGCUAGAGGAAGGAUUGAUGCCAACAUCAAGGUAGGUCGCGUCUAG